AUGUCGCUACCGGCGGCAUUCGUCGUCGUCGUCGCCCUGGGGAUGGCGGUGGUAGUGAGGAGUGGCGGAGUGGCCACCGUUAGCCGCGUCCCGACACUGGCCGCCGUGCUGGACUCGAUCUAUCCGACCGUGGCCGACGCUGGCGGUUGCGCUCCGCUCCACUCGCUGCGGAGGGCGGGUGGCGAGGGGCUGGCACCGAGGCAGGGGAAGGGUGCGGACAUCGGGGAGCGAUCGUGGACGGGCCUGCUGGCCAACGGCAGUGCCCUACCGGUGGCGAACCUCACCGACAUCGGAGCCUAUCUACUCGAGCUGGCGGACGAGGGGCGCUCCGGAGCGUUCGCGACGCCUGAGGAGGACGGCACCCUGCUGGACGCGGCCGAAGCAGGUUACAUAAAGUCCCUCAACAGCAAAGUGUUCAGCAUCAACGUACCCUUCGACCCGGCGUACAGCAAGCGCGUGUCGGCGCAAUGCAGACUGCAGUCGGCGCAGUUCUUCCGCGCGUAUGCAGCCUCCAGCCUGUGGGCGCUUCGAAUGCACGAUGCCAGUGCCAAGGUGGGUCAGGGCAUCCUGAACGGUAACAUCAACCAGUACGGUGACUACGACCAGUGCCUCAACAUCCAGCAGACGCUACCGGGCGCGGAUGGGGGGACGCUCCAGGGGCGCUACUGCAUGGCGGAGGUGCAGCCGACGAUCAAACCGAACACGCAGGUGCUGAAGCACAUCUUCGAUCUCGUCCAGGCCCACGGCAUGCUCAAGAGUAACCUCAACGACCCUGGCCACCGGGUGCCCCGCUUUUCCACCGUACACUGGGCCCUGUGCGUCCCGGCCGGGUGCACCGCCGAAGACGUCCAGCAGUCGCUGAGCGAGUUCCUGCAGCACUACAUCACCGACACCGGCAUCCAGACGGAGGUGAAGGUCCAUCCGGCCCUCUGCCAGACGAAGCACGCCAUCUGGCGGGAGUACUUCACCGACCGGACCUGGCUCGUCUGGUACGGGUUCGCGCUGUACGCGGCCCUCGUGCUCGCCUCCACCCUGUACGAUCUCAAAUCGCACGACAAAGUGGAAUGGUUCACGGUGUUUUCGCUGAUCAAAAACACCCGAUCGAUACUGAGCUUCAGGGAGGAGCGAAACGACAUCGCGUGCGUGCACGGGAUCCGCUUCCUCAAUGCGCUUCUGCUGCUGAUUGCGCACAAGUCCAUGGCGCUCUUCUUCAAUCCCUACGUCAACCGGACGGAAAUGAGUGAGAUACUCGGCCAACCAUGGACGGUGAUUGGACGGGCGGCGGCCAUCUUUACCGAUCCGUUCAUCAUGUUCAGCGGCUUCCUCACCACGUUCUCGUUCGUCGAGCGGCUGGCGAAGGGGCAGCGGGUCCGGCUACACCAGGAGUACGUCGGCCGGCUGCUGCGCAUCGUGCCACCGCUCGGGGCGCUCAUCCUCUUCUGCACGUUCGUGCUACCGUUCCUCGGCAGCGGCCCGCUCUGGAACCUGGUGGUGACGAACCACGGCGACAUCUGCAAGCGCUACUGGUGGCGCAACAUGCUGUUCAUCCACAACUACUUCGGCUUCAAGAACAUGUGCCUGACGCACACGCACCACGUCGGCAUCGACACGGAGCUGUUCUGCGUGGCGCCGCUCUUCAUCUACCUGGUGUGGCGAUGGCCCCGGCGCGGCCUACUAGCGCUACUGGCGCUCGCCGCCAUCACCACCGUGCAGCGGUUCUACGUCACGUACAACCUGCGCCUGGCGAACUACGUCUACUUCGGCACGUCCGUGAAGCAACUGUUCGAGACGGCCGACUUCAUGUACACCCUGCCCUACUACCGCGUCACGGUGUACAUCAUGGGCGUCAUACUGGGGUACGCCUGCUCCCAGUACAAAACAAUGAAGCUGACCGAGAAACAAAUGAAAAUCGGCUGGUACGUGAGUACGCUCUCCAUCGCGGUUGCCUUCUUCGGGCCGGCCCCGAUGGGCUCGAUCCACUACGUCUACGAUCCGCUGCACGCGGCCAGCUACGCCGCGUUCUCCCCGAUCGCCUGGUGCCUGUUCUUCGCCUGGACCGUCUUCACCGCCCACCUGGGCUACAGAAAUAAGCUGAUCGAUUUCUUCUCGUGGCGAGGCUUCCGCAUCACCACCCGCAUCUCGUACGCCGUCUACCUGACGCAGUUUCCCAUCUUCUUCUACAACGUCGGCCGGACGCGGGCCCCGCAGUACUUCGAGUUCUGGCCAGCCGUGAUCUUCAACACGAACGAGUACGCGGUGGUGUUUCUGGCGUCGUUUCUGCUGACGGUGCUGUUCGAGACGCCCUUCAUCAACAUCAAGAAAAUGCUGUUCCGCAAGGGCAAGAGCCAACAACCGGUGGCCGUGGCGACCGGUGAGGACGGCGCCCGCGACGACACGGGGAAGGUGCUGAAGGUGGCGACGAGCGUGGACGAGAACGAAAACAGCAGGCCAACUAGUGGCGUCCACUAGCCGGAAGCCACACCGGGGGAGCGACGCAGAGAGCGGAGGGAGAAACGCAGCGAGAAACAGCGAGAGGGAGAGAAGAGACAGGGAGUGAAAAAUGUACAAUAUUGAUAUAAGUAAAAUGGAUUUUUAUUAUAAAUAAUAUAUAUAUAU